UUGCAGGUUGCUGUUGUAGUAUGUAAAGAGUGUGAUCGUGUUAUGAGUUUGUUUUCUGUAUGGUUACUUACAGACUGAAUUUGAUGCAAAUGAUGCGAUUUUCCAACAUUAAGAAACAUUAAAAUGACUGAGAUGGUUAAAUUUUGAGUACAUAGAUUGGAUUCUAUUUAAAAUUUUGUGUGAGAUCCAUGUGGAAUACUAGUUUCUUUGCCUUGUUUACUCCAGGAGCUGCUGUCAAUUAAUGUUAGAACAGGGCGGAAGCCACGAUUUAUAAUAACUGAGGUCUCUUAAUAAAUGCUUUUGAUCUCAAGGUUCACUGCUGUCUUCAAUAUCAAAUUUGCCUGGAACAGAUUGUAACUUUUGGAUUACACAUUUUACUUUCCGAUGAAUUUUAAUAACCUUUGCUACAUUAUCUACAAGUAUGCAUUUUGUUGGUGAACUUCAUCGUGAAGACUCCCGUAAAGCAUGCUGAUGGCUCCACCUAAUGUUAAAAUCAAACAUAUAACAAGGAGCCCAUCAAGCUCGGGAGACACCCGAUUUCCAAAGCUAGAUGAAUGUGCUCAUUUCCACUAUGAAAAUGUUGAACUUGGACCUAUUCAAGUUUUUCUUUGUGACAAGCAGAAUGAUUCAUGUAAAUCAUCCAUGCUCUGCUCAUCCUCAGCAAACAAAGAAAAUGAAAAUGAGCACAUGUGUUUUUUGAUCACUGUAGUCAGCAACAGUAAAAAAUGGGUUGUAAGGAGAAGCUAUAGAAACUUCAUGUUUCUAGACACACAACUACAUCGCUGUGUAUACGAUAGAAAGUACAGUUUGUUGCAAGAAUUGCCGCAUCUUCCACAAGAUGACCCGAAAGAUGAAGAUUUGGAAGAUAAAAUAAGAAACCAAUUAUCAGAAUACCUAGAGCGAUUUUCUCAAUUGGCUGGCAGUUUAAUUAAUUGUGGACCUGUUUUAAAUUGGUUUGAGCUUGAUAAUCGUGGAAAUCGGCUAAUUGUGACCGAUGAAGCAAUCAACACUCCUGCUGUUGCCGCUGCUUAUGUUGUUGUGCCUUAUACUGCCCAAGCAACAGAUGAAAUUUCAUUUGAUGUGGGUGACAUGAUAUCUGUGAUUGAUAUGCCUCCUCCUGCGGAGUCUUCUUGGUGGAGAGGGAAGAAAGGAUUUGAGGUUGGAUUUUUCCCAUCUGAAUGUGUUGAAGUUAUUGGAGACAAAAUACCUCAUUCAUUUAAAUUAUCUAAUUCAUCUACAAAACCUGUGUUUCGUCGACAUGGUAAACUCAUUGCAUUUUUCCGAUCAUUUCUCCUGUCUCGACCCUCUAGAAGGAGGUUAAAGCAAAGUGGUAUUUUGAAAGAAAGGGUUUUUGGUUGUGAUUUAGGUGAACAUUUACUGAAUACUGGAAGAGAUAUUCCUUUGGUUUUAAAAUGCUGUGCAGAAUUCAUUGAAGAAUAUGGUAUAGUAGAUGGAAUAUAUAGGCUUUCUGGUGUCAGCUCAAACAUACAAAGGUUAAGGUUAGCAUUUGACGAAGAUCGACCAAUAAAUUUAGGCGAUCCGGCAACUGUGCAUGAUAUUCACUCUGUUGCUUCUCUUCUGAAAAUGUAUUUUAGAGAAUUGCCCAAUCCUCUUUUGACCUAUCAAUUGUAUGAUAAAUUUGUGAGUGCCAUGCAGUGUAAUGAAGAUGUUAGGUUACUUAAAGUUCGAGAUGUAGUUCAGCAACUGCCACCUCCGCAUUUUCGAACUUUACAGUAUUUACUUAGUCAUCUUGCAAGGGUUGCAUCGCAUGGUGAACAAACUGGCAUGACACCAAAAAACAUUGCUAUUGUGUGGGCCCCAAAUCUCUUAAGGUCAAGAGAUGUUGAAAAUGGGGGUGUUGGAGCAUUACAUGUUGUUGGAAUUCAAGCUGUGUUGACAGAAUAUUUAAUUAGGUUUUCUGAUUUAAUUUUUGAUGACAAGGCAUCAUUCUUAUCAAGCUCAGAACAAGAAGGUUUGUUGAGAGCUCGUCCAAAAUCCUUAGCAAUUUCUACUCCUACAAAGUUAUUGUCUUUAGAAGAAGCCAGAGCCAGGGCUCUGUCUACACAUUUACCUGCAUCACAGCAAAAAUACAUUGAAGUUGGUGGUGGCCCAGAAAAAUUGCCAUCUAAAUAUCACACAGUUAUAGAAUUACCUUCUGGCAAACACAGUUUACCGAAGUUGAAGAAGUCUCCUUCUGGCUGGAAAUCGUUCUUUUCCAGGGGUUGGUAUUCAGGAAGCACAAGAGAUAAAAAUCGCCCUUCAUUCAGAUCUGCAAGAAAAGCCAGCACUGGUUCACUUCCACAUCAUUCUGCAUUCAUGCAGGAAAAACCCUCUGCUGACCAGGAUGCUUCAUUUGGUCAGAGGAAGAAAUUAAGAACUGUCAAAAGUGCAGAAUCUCUUGCUCAUUGUCUGAAAGAAUCUCCUCACAGUACAAAUAAUGAUGAUUUCUCUGGUAACACUAGUUGCAAGUCAUCACCUCAUGUCUCUGUAGAAUCUUCCCAUUCUUUUGAGAUGUCUUCUCCACUAUCGAAAUCUCCUGGUCUUCAAAAGCACACUCGCUCUAGUUCCCAUGAAUCCUAUUUUGAAAGCAAUAGCAUGGACAUUAUUUCUGAACCAUCUUUUGAAGAAGAUGAACAUGGACUGUUCUAUUACGUUAGUGAGCAGAUGCGAAUGCUACAAGAUUCUUCUCAGUGGAGUACAGACAAAAGUACAUUGAAAGAAGAUUCAGUGUCAAUGAAAAGUUCAGAAUUUCAAGACCUUUUUGAUCAGCAGACUUCUGAGCCUGAAGUAGAAAAGAAUGUUCGUAAGCAAAAAUUGUCAACCUCAGAUGAAUUUGCGCAAACUAAAUAUCAAAAAUUAAAUGAAACUGACCAGGAAUUUAUUGAUCCGAAGAAUAUUAGUUCUACUGAUGCCACUUUUGAAUUUGAUCACCUUAAUUCCGAUGAUAACAUUUGGGAGACUAAUGAUGAAUAUAAUGAUACUUUUUCUCCUGAAACAGAAGAUUUGACUCUUGAUCCUGUUUUACUGUACGAGGCUGUUAUUAAUAAAAGAAAUUCUGUUGUUUCCUCCUCUGACACUGAAAAUGAACCUAAUGAUAGGACAGUUGUAGAACGAUAUGGAAAUGCUGAGACAGUGCUGGUGGAAGUGCAUGCUACUCAAGAUAGCUCUUCCGAAGAAGAACAUUAUUCACCAGUACCAGAUGAUUCGCCCCAAAAUGCUGUAGUACAACCUAUAGUUGAUGCUACAUUUGAUUUGGCAAAUCUACCAUAUUCACCUGGAGAAGAAAUACAAGAUUACAAGUUGAACUUUUCUGAUGAGGAUGGUUCUAUUUCACCUUCUAAUAUGGAGUCUGAUCCAGCUUUAGUUGAAGAAAGGACUUUAGAAGAAGAUGAAGUUGCUUUUGAAACUGUAGAGGACAGACAUGGUAAUGUUAUGUCUGAAAUUGAAGUUCUUCAGUCAAGUGAGACACACAAUGAAGUUUCCACUGAAGAAAGUAAUUCUCCACCUGUGGCAGUUACACCAGAACUAGAAAUCAAAGCUGUUGAAUCUAGUUCCUGUAAUUUAGAAAAUCUGGAACGUAAAGAGAAAUUUGUCGAGUUGAAUUUGGAAACUUCCAAAACUGUAGAUAGUAGUCUUGAUGAAUUUGAUAAUUCUUCUUUCAGUAUUAUUUCUCCCCCAUCUCCAGUUUAUCCUCCUAAGAGCUUAAAACUGCAUGAAUUUCAGUCAUUAAAAACUAAGAUGGACAAAUUGCCUCUACAUAAAAAGAAACAAAUUCAUAUUCCUUCCCCUUCCUCUCCUGUUGAUGAAGUGCGCAAGAAGUUUGAACUUCGAGCAUCCAGUUCCAAUAAAUCGAUUGAUUCUCCAACUAACGAAAUUAAAUUCCGUUCUCAGGUAAGAGAUCUGACACCUAAGCUUGUGAAAACUUUUGAAGUCUCCGAGACUGUUGAACUUGCAGGUUCUCAGCAAACCUCAACAAGUGCUUUGAAAACGGAAUCCAUGAUUGCCAAAAGACAUUCUGAACCUCCCCCGAAAACAAUAGAUUCUAAUACACCUAUGGAUAUAGUAAAAAGAAUGUCCAAUAAAUAUGAAAUUGAGAGUACAAAAUCCAACAAAGCUAAUUCUGAAAAGCAAACAACUAAACCCAGCAAGCCUUUGCAACCAAGCUUGUUCACUCAGCUUAAGAUUCGAAAGUUGCAGUCACUGAAAGCUGAACCUGCUCCAGAACCAGUGGAUCCAUGGUCAGAUCCUAUAUUAGAUAUGCAGGAAGAUUACCAUCCUAUAGUUACAUAUUUGCCUUCACCUACUUCUGAACCAGAGCUGUCACUAAAAUCUUCAAAUGAAUAUUCUUCUGAAAGUGACUUAAAUUUCUCGAAGAUUGAUAGCAUUUCAAAACCAGAUGAAUCUAAAAUUAUUUUAUCAGAGAAAGAGAUUUUGAAGGAUGAAGAACAGCCUUCAUCGCCAAAUUUACGAUUGAGCCAAAAGGACCUUGUGACCGAGUCAAUAAAUCCAUCUCAAGCAGAAAAAAGUAGUCUUAAUAGUGAAAGUACUCUUAAUAGUGAAAUUGAAAUUCAUCAGUCAAAUCCUAAGCUGAGUGAAACACCUGAAAGCGAGGCUGUUAAGCGAGAACGCAUCAAUCGAAUCAAAGAAGAAAGAAGGGCCCAACUUCGUGAAAAGCUAAAACAAGAAAGUUUCCGAAUGGAAGCCGAAGAAAAGGAAAAAGUUCAAACAAAAUUCCGACUGCGGAAAGAAGGUUCAAAGCACCACCUUCUUUCUGAUUCUCAAGAAGAACAUUGUAAAGAUGUAAAAAAAAGUGAUAAAGCUGUUGAAACUGACAGUGCUGAUAUAACAGAAACUGGUACUAAUUGUGAUUUGAGCUCACCAUCUGAGAAUCUUUCAAAUAUGACCACUAAAUCUGACAGUAGUAGUAAACCUGAUGAAGAUGUUAUUAGUAGGUGUCGUAAAGAUUCAGACUCCACUGUGAGCCGGAAUCAGAAAUGCAAGUCGCAACAGAUUACUUCUGGGGAUUAUGUACUAUUGCAAAAUAAAUCUAACUCUGGCAAAAAGUCCAUGCGUUCAUAUGAGGAUAAUCGUAAGUGGCUUUCUAUGCCCCCAACUGAUAUUAGGGACAAAGUUGCAAUGUUUGAACGUUCCAAAGAUACAAAUGAGCUGUGUCGUCUGGGACCAAAUGGUAAAUUUCCUCAAAAGCAAAGCCCAUCAGCUUUAGCAUCAUCAUUUGUAAGAUGAAAUUAGGACUUUUCUAUUUUUUCAAAGUAUUUACUUUUUCAUUAUUUAGUUGUAGCUUGAUAGUGAUAGUGCAUCAUGUGCAUUGAAAUUUCAUUGUCAGUUGCUUAGAUGAUAAGCAUCAUCUGUAGUAUUUUUUUUUAAAAAUGAUUAUGGUUAUAGUUAUUUCUAUUUUCGAAAUUUUAUUAAAUGAAGCAACCAAAUUGUGCUUAUUUGUUAUUGUAGUCAAUAACAACCCAUAAAAAAAGUUAAAUUUCUAAGAAAGCACGGAAGUUGCUGAUGAAAUUUCUUUGCAUUUGAUGAUGGUUCAUUAAAUUAUCCUGUCUUGGCUACCUCAUCAUUAUCAUUUUGAUCAUGAUUUUAUUUGUAAAUAAUUUUUGAUACGUUGCAGAUAUAUUUUUAUUUCAAAGAUAUUAACAACCACAGUUUUUUUAUGCUUAAGUGUGGAGCAAGCAUUUUUUUUUUCCCAGCAUGAUAUGUGGUUAUGAAUAUCACUGUGAUAACAAUUGGAAAUUUCUAUUGUGUAUGUGUGCCAUGUAGUAUACUGUAUUUUUAAUGUUUAUUUUUCACCUUUGUGCCUCUCUGUGAACUGUUGCAAUUUUUUCAAGUCAUUUUUAUGAACAAAAUUGUACAUUUUUAUGUUUUCAAUGCCUUUUUUAUAGCUCAAAAUGAUGCAAUAAAAAUUAGCACAUGCUGACUUGAUAAUCUGUGGGAAAUGCUUCUUUCUAUAUUUUAUAAGUCUUUUUAUUGUUAAAAUUUUGAACCUUCUUCCAUUUUUGUAGCUAAAAUCAAAAGGACUAACAUUUUUAUUGUUUUUUUAUCGACUUUUUUAGAAUAAGCAAUAAUCCUAACAUUUUUACUAGUGUUUUUAAAAUGUUUUAAAAUUUUCUAUUGUCUUUUGCUAUGUAAGUUUCAAUUUGUACCUGAGAAAAUGGCAUUUCUAUGCAGAAGGAGAAAGCUUAUUCCUGUUAUGUAUUGUUGGGAAUUUAUAUGUAUUAGUAAUUAAUAUUCUUUCCAUCUUAAAUGUAAGAAUAGCUUGAGGGGGGGGGGAAUUGUAGAGUUUUUGAAUUUUAAAUAAUUUGCUAUUUUUUGUAAAUAUUUUUACAAACAUUUUUACAUAAGUAAUUUAAAUUAUUUUAACUAUUGCAUAUUUGGUACGAGUUUUUGGCUAAUUACAGAAUGCUUUGCUAUCUAAUUUAUACUUAAACUUUUGUACUGGACUAAUUAUACAGAUUUGGAAGCUUUGAUAAAAUUAAGAAUCAUUUUGAUAGUAAUUUUUCAUAUUGUACUUUCUAUCUCAUAACUUAGUCUUUUAAUAUUCCCAGUAUUUUUAUAUUGUUGCAUGUGUUUCAUGCUUUUUUAAAAAACUUGAUUUCCUAGUAUUAUUAUAUUUUUUCUUUUUAGCUAUAUGUUUAUAAUACUUCUACUUAUAAUAGUGUUCUUGAACAGAUGCAGGUUAAAUAUUCUGACUUAUAAGUAUUUCUUGUCAAAAAAUAUAAUUUUUUUUUUUAUAGUUGGCAUUCAAAUUUUUUUAUUGCUUUGAAAAUUUAAUACUAUACAUGUAUUGAAUAUCUUAUUACAAUUUGCAGAUUAAUAAAACAAUAUUGUGAUGGAUCUUUCUCAUCUUUUGCUUAUAAGAUGCAAAUCCUACUUGUUAAUCAUACAGCAAAAUAAAAAAAACAUAUAAAAAAUAUUUUGACUUAUUAAUAUUUCGGAUGUGUUUCCUGUUUAGACUGCAGAAGAAGUUUCAUUCUUUAAAAUUAUCAUAUGAAGAGUAAUAUUUGAAACUCAUCAAAUUCCAUCUUUGUAUUUUGCAAAAUAUUGGUAUUAAUAUAUUUUCUACCAUGAUUUUCAGUAUCAAGCUGAUUUUCAGAUUUAUAUAAUAAAAUUACCUUUCUUAUGUAUGUUUUAAUUAUUUCAGUAUUUUAUAUCAACAUAAGCAAAUGAAAAAGAUUACACAAUUAUUAUUUGGACCAGUUUGUUGAUUUAGUGAUGUAGAGCAAUAUUGCAUAUAGUUCUGUUUUGAUAUGUUUGUGAUUAAAUUUUCAAAGUAUCGAGUUUAUGGCUAGUUUUUUUAUAUGGCUUUUUGAAUAUAUUGCUGAUUUAAUGAAUGCAGUUGUUAUUCAUAAUGUAAAAUUCUGUUUUGGGUUGUUAUAAGCAUUAUUUGUCAUUUAAAUUUAAUAAAUAUUGUCAUUUUUCAAUUUAUAGGUUCUGUUAAAAAUUAAAUAUUUAAUGAAUUUAAAAAAUGAUUUUUAUUACAAAUGUUUGGAAAUAAAUUUUAUCAAUUAAUUUAAGAUUUAUCUUUUGGUGUAUAAUUAAAAAACUUUCCAUUGCUGUGAAUAUGAAGAAUUGUAGUCAUGUAGCACAAAUACAUUUUUUUAUAAUUAAUCUCUGUAUGAUUAGUUAGUCAUAUUUUUUCAAUUUAAUUCAGACUUGUUACUUAUUCUGUAGAUAACUUUUUAAACUGUUAAAUUAUAUAUCAUACUAAUUGCCAUUUUAAAGGUGAGGUUUUGAUAUAUGUAUGAAACAGUUCUGUAUGAAAUUUCGUUUUUGUAAGACAGAAACUUAAACCCAAUUGUUAUUACUGUUAUACUAAUUAAAUUUAAUUAUUUUAAUUUUUGUUUUAUUGUAGAAAGUUAUUUUGGAUUAAAAAUUUCUAGUUUUCUUGUAUAAGAAAAUGCAUAAAAUAUAUAAAUUUCAUUGGUUUAUAUCAUUAACAAUAUGUUAAAAAAAUAUUUUGUUUUUAAGAAAACUAAAAAAAUUCGUUAAAAAUGCAAUGUCUUUCAAAAGAGAAUAAUGUUUAAAAGGAAAUCUAUGGUAGAAAAAUGUUGUAGUUGCUAUUAUACACUUUGUAGCAUUGUAAAUAAUGUCUUGUGCAUGUGUAUAACCCCUGUAAAUUUUCUUGCUGCCAGUGCAUAAACUGAGCACAAUUUUUGCUGUUAACUUUGUUAAAUCUGCAUCUAAUGCCUAAAUGAGCACAUCAAAUAAGUGAGUGAUUGGUGGAUAACUUACUUGUAUAAAAUAUAGGUCUCAAAAAAUAGUUGACAGUUUUUCUACUUUGUAUUGUUGAAUGAAUAACUUAGUCAAGUAAUUGUAUAAAUUUGCAUUACAAAUUAGGAAAUUCAAAGCAUUUUUGUAUUAAUACUAUUGAAGAGGGGGAAAAAUUAAUCCCUUUUUCCUCUUUGAAUUAUAUUUAAAUUUUUCUGAAAAUUUAUGCAGCUUUACACUUGUCAUUUCUACAUUGCUCAAAAACAGUUUUCUGUGCCUUAUUUUUUUUCUUAGUAUUAUUUAGUGCAUUUGGAAAAUUAACUUUCUUAACUAUAUUUUUCAAAUUUUUUCUAGAAAUUUUAUAUUCUCUUUAUGAAAAAAUAAAUUAUUGCAUCUGGCAUGUAAAAUAAUGUACUACCCAUAUCUGUGAAGCAAUAUUUGUCUUAAGGGUUUCAGUGCCCCACACUAUCACAAUAGAUGCAUGUUACGUAUCUGUUUAGCUGUAAAUAGUGCAUGACAUUACUGUGUUAAGUCUUUAUUUCACUUGAAGAAAAUUUAUUAUAUGGUUUUUGUGUUUAUAUAAUACCUGUUGUGUCUAUAUUUAUGUGAAUGCACAGAAUGUACAGUUGUAUGUUUGUGUAGGUUGCUUGAAUGAAAAGUUUUAGUGAAACUUAUAUAAAGAAAAUUUCUGCUUA